AUGCCCUCCCCCGAACACUCGACGCUCGACAGUGCUGUGGUCGACGCCCCAUCACCGACCGCCGUCCUGCGCACCGACCUCGACGCCCUGCUGCCGCCCACCCUCGAUGACAUCGUGCUCUCCUCGCUGCACCACCUGCACUUCGUCCUCUCGCCGAGCACCACCAUCCUGCGCGUCUCGGCCAACUGCCUCAACCUGCUGGGCUGCGAGCCGAACCUGCUGCUGGGCCAGCGCCUGGCCGCCCUGAUCCACAAGGACGACGCCCACGUCUUCUCCUCGGAAAUCGACGACGCCCUGCUGCGCCCCACCAACACCUUCGAUGCCUCGCUGGCCGCCUUCGCCCCGGGCCGCCCGCCCUUCCGCUUCUACUGCCGCAUCCGCAGCGUCGUGCACAUUGGAAGCGACUACUCGGCCUUCGAGCUGGUCGGCCACUACCAGGUCAAGAUGCCCGCCUCGCUGUCGCCGCUACAACUCAUGAUGCCGCCGCCCGGCAUCAUCUCCAUCACCGCCCGCCCCGCCUUCACCCGCAAGGGCCGCCUCAUGGACGGCAUGCUCGAGCUGAAGAUGGAGCAAAUACACCUGGUCGCCCUCCUGCGCGAGAUGCGCCGCGAGGCCGCCGGCGAAGGCCGCCAUCACGAAGCCGACGUCCGUCACGCUGGCCGCGGCCGCGGCCGCGACGGCGUUGACGGCGACGACGGCGGCGGCGGCGACGGCGACGACGACGAAGGGACCGUGGUGGCCGUGUCCUCGGCGGCGACGCCGAUGCACCACUCCCUACGAAACGCCGAAGAGACGCUGUAUUGGCGCCCCGAGCGCCGCACCUCGCCGCCGGGCCGGCCGCUGAAGCGCUCCCGUAGCAGCCCGCCGCGGCUGACCUGGAUGACUUCGGCCACCGACCCGGUGCCGGCACCGGCGCCGGCGCCGACGCCGAAAGAGGAACAACAUACACAAACACCAGGCCACCGGCACGAUCCGGGUGGCUCGCCUCCCGACGGCCAAUCCGGCGGGGAAGGGUCGCCGGGCGAGUCGUCAAAGGUCAAGCUGGGGGAUGCGGGCAUUCCUUUCUUCAUCAGGCCUGAGGGGUACGAGAGGAAGAUCAGCGAUGUCCCAAGACAGCCCAAGCGCAAGUUUGCGGCCAAAGAUCAUUGUUGCUCUCGGUGCGGGACGGUGGAGAGUCCCGAAUGGCGGGCUGGUCCCGACGGACCGAAGACGCUGUGCAAUGCUUGUGGCCUGAAGUAUGCGAAGGAGCAGAAGAGGGCAAAAAAUGUCAAAGGAGAGAUUGCGGAAGCAGCAUAG